AAAUCCUAUUCCCAGCUUCCAAAAGCUUUGCUGCUCCCAGAAAUCUCACACCCACAUAUCCGCGCUGGCAUAGCUUCACCGGAGCUCCCGCCUGGUUGCGCAUCUCGUCGUCGGUGCCGGCCAGGUUCUGGGUACUGCUGCUGCUACAGCGCCGGAGCCGCUCAGCUUCCACGUGCCGGUCAGGACCACUUCUUCCUCGCUGUUGCUGCGUUGCUGGUCCUGGUUUCUCAGGUGCAAGCUCGUGAAGUGCACUUGUGUUGUCCGUGAGCGUUACAAUGGCGGAGCUGGUGGUCACCAUGGCGAUCCGGCCACUGGUGGCCAUGCUCAGGGACAAGGCGUCCAGCUACCUCCUCGACCAGUACAAUGUGAUGGAGGGAAUGGAGAAGCAGCACAGGAUUCUCAAACGCAGGCUUCCUAUCAUCCUGGACGUCAUCACCGACGCUGAGGAGCAGGCCGCAGCACACAGAGAAGGAGCUAAAGCCUGGCUCCAGGAGCUCAAGACGGUGGCCUAUGAGGCAAAUGAAGUCUUUGACGAGUUCAGGUAUGAAGCGCUCCGCCGUGAAGCAAAGAAGAAUGGACACUACAAAAAGCUUGGCUUUGAUGUUAUAAAACUCUUCCCUACCCACAACCGUGUUGUGUUCCGUCACAGAAUGGGUAGCAAGCUUUGCAGGAUUCUGCAAGAUAUCAAUGUCCUCAUAGCAGAGAUGCAUGACUUUGGGUUGAGGCAGACAUUAUUGGUGUCCAAUCAGUUGAGGCAGACACCAGUGUCCAAGGAGUGGAGGCAGACAGAUUAUGUCAUCAUCGACCCACAAGAAAUUGCCAGCAGAUCCAGACGCGAAGAUAAAGAUAAUAUCGUUAACGUGCUACUUGGUCAAGCUAGCAAUGCAGAUCUUACAGUAGUUCCCAUUGUUGGAAUGGGGGGCCUUGGCAAGACCACAUUGGCACAACUCAUAUACAAUGAACCUGAAAUUCAAAAGCAUUUUCAGUUGCAGCUAUGGGUCUGCGUCUCUGAUACCUUCGAUGUGAAUUCGGUGGCUAAGAGUAUACUUGAUGCAUCCCCCAAGAAAAAUUAUGAUACAGACAAACCACCACUGGAUAGACUUCAAAAACUUGUCAGCGGGCAGAGGUAUCUCCUUGUAUUGGAUGAUAUCUGGAACAGAGAGGUCCAUAAGUGGGAACGUUUGAAGGUCUGUCUUCAGCAUGGUGGCAUGGGUAGUGCAGUGUUGACAACAACCCGUGAUAAACAAGUUGCUGAAAUUAUGGGUGCAGAUAGAACCUACAAUCUCAAUGUUUUGAAGGAUAGCUUCAUAAAGGAAAUUAUUGUGGCUAGAGCAUUCAGUUCAGAGAAUGAAAAGCCUCCCGAGCUACUCGAGAUGGUUGGUGAGAUUGUGAAGAGAUGUCGUGGCUCUCCUUUAGCUGCAACUGCACUAGGAUCUGUACUUCUUACCAAGACCAGCGUGCAAGAAUGGAAGGCUAUAUCAUCUAGAAGCAGUAUUUGUACCAAGGAAACUGGAAUUUUGCCAAUACUGAAGCUUAGCUACAACGAUUUGCCACCACACAUGAAGCAGUGCUUUGCUUUCUGUGCCAUAUUUCCCAAGGAUUACAAGAUUAAUGUGGAGAAGCUUAUCCAACUAUGGAUUGCGAAUGGCUUUAUCCCAGAACAAGAGGAAGAUAGUCUUGAAACCACUGGAAAACAUAUUUUCAAUGAACUAGCAUCAAGGUCAUUCUUUCUGGACAUAGAGGAAUUUAAGGGCGACGAGCAGUAUUGUUUCAGAACUACAUGCAAAAUACAUGAUCUUAUGCAUGAUAUUGCAAUGUCUGUUAUGGGAAAGGAAUGUGUCAUUGAAAUUAAGGAACCGAGUCAAGUCGAGUGGCUUUCGGAUACUGCUCGGCAUUUGUCCUUGUCAUGUGGAGAACCAGAAGGUAUUUUGAAUGUUAUGGACAAAAGAUCCCCUACUAUCCAAACUCUGCUAUGCAAUAGUUAUGUACGAAGCUCAUUGCAGCAUCUCUCAAAAUAUAGAUCUUUGCAUGCCUUGAAGCUCUGUCUGAUAACAGAAUCAUUUCUACUCAAAGCAAAGUAUCUGCAUCACCUGAGGUACCUUGAUCUCUCACAAAGUUCUAUCAAAGCACUUCCUGAGGAUAUAAGUAUUCUGUAUAACCUGCAAGUGUUGGACCUUUCCAACUGCUCUUAUCUUGAUCGACUUCCAAUGCAAAUGAAGUAUAUGACUUCCCUCCGUCACCUCUACACUCAUGGAUGUCCGAAGUUGAAGAGCAUGCCUCCAGAACUAGGAAAACUAACGAACUUGCAGACGCUGACAUGUUUUGUGGCAGCAGUUACUGGACCGAAUUGCAGUGAUGUUGCAGAGCUGCAGAACUUAAACCUUGGUGGUCAGCUAGAGAUAUGUCAUAUUGAAGCGGAAGCGGAAGUGGCUUAUCUUGGUAAGAAGAAGGAUCUCAAAGAACUGACACUAAGAUGGACUUCUGUUUGUGACAGCAAGGUGCUCGACAAUUUCGAACCUCAUGAUGGGCUGCAGGUUCUGAAGAUAUAUUCCUAUGGAGGAGAGUGCAUGGGUAUGUUGCAAAACAUGGUUGAGAUCUAUCUUUUUCAUUGUGAAAAAUUGCAAUUUUUGUUCAGAUGCAGUACAAUCUUCACUUUUGCAAAACUGAAGGUGCUUAUGCUAGACCAUCUGUUGGGUUUUGAGGGAUGGUGGCAAAUAGAUGAGAGGCAAGAAGAACAGACAACAUUUCCUGUGCUUGAGGAGUUGUUUAUAAGUAAUUGUGGAAAGUUGGCAGGAUUACCUGAAGCUCCAUUGCUGCAAGGACCGUGUGGCGAAGCUGGUUAUACAUUGGUACGCUCAGCAUUUCCUGCCCUAAAGGUGCUCAAAAUGGAAAACUUGGAGAGCUUUCAGAGAUGGGAUGCAAUCGAAGAGACUCAAGGACAACAUAUAGUGUUUCCUUGUCUUGAGAAACUAUCAAUUGAGAAAUGCCCAAAGCUGACAGUGUUGCCUGAAGCACCAUUGCUAGAAGGACCUUGUGGUGAAGGUGGUUAUACAUUGGCACGCUCAGCGUUUCCUGCCCUAAAGGUGCUCGAAAUGAAAGACUUGCAGAGUUUUCAGAGAUGGGAUGCACUCGAAGGGACAUUGUUUCCUCAGCUUGAGAAACUGUUAAUUCAGAGAUGCCCAGAGAUGAUAGAUUUACCUGAAGCGCCAAAACUCACUUUAUUGGAAAUUCAAGAUGGCAAGCAAGACAUCUUCCAUUUUGUAGACAGAUAUUUGUCUUCACUGACCAAUCUGGUACUGAACCUAGAAGGCACAGAGACAACAUCAGAGGGUGAGUGCGCUUCAAUUGUACCCAUGGACAGCAAGGAGAAAUGGAACCAGAAAUCCCCUCUUACGGUUAUGGAGUUAGGAUGCUGCAACUUAUUCUUUGGAUCAGGUGCCCUAGAGCCGUGGGACUAUUUUGUACAUCUUGAAGAGUUGAAAAUUCAUGAAUGCGAUGUGCUCGUCCACUGGCCAGAGAAAGUGUUCCAAAGCUUAGUAUCCUUGAGGAGAUUGGAGAUUAGUGAGUGCAAAAAUCUGACCGGAUACGGAGAAGCACCUCUUAAGCCAUUCGCAUCCGGAAGGAGUCAACACCUGCCAGGUCUGGAGUCUCUUCAGUUAGAGUAUUGUCCAAGUUUGGUAGAGAUGUUCAACGUCCCGGCAUCUCUCAAGAUAAUGAAUAUUGAGUGGUGCCCUAAAGUUGAGUCCAUUUUAGGCAAGCAGCAGUACAUGUCUGAGUUAGUCCAAGGGUCUUCUUGUAGUGAGGAAAUCAUGCCCACAGCUGUAUCAGAGUUGUCAUCCUCACCCAUGAAUCACUUCUGUCCAUGCCUAGAAAAUCUAUGUUUGUCUGCAUGUGAUAGUUUACCGGCGGUUCUAAAUCUUCCUCUGUCCUUAAAGACCUUAGAAAUUGAUGACUGCACUAGUAUUCAAGUCCUAUCAUGCCAGCUGGGUGGGCUCCAAAAACCAGAAGUCACUACCACCAUAAGCAAAAGUCCUAUCAUGCCAGAGCCACCAGUAGCAGCAACAACUGCAGGUGAGCAUUUACUUCCUCCCCAUCUUGAAACUCUAGAAAUACUGGACUGUACUGGUAUGUUGGGGGGAACUCUCCGUCUGCCUGCACCCCUCAAGAGACUGGUAAUUAUGGGCAACAGUGGGUUGACAUCGCUGGAGUGUCUGUCGGGAGAGCACCCCCCAUUGUUGGAUGUCCUUAAUCUUCAAAGAUGCAGUACCCUGGCAUCCCUACCGAAUGAGCCGCAAGUAUACAGGUCUCUCUACUUUCUUGCAAUACAACGCUGUCCUGCUGUAAAGAAGCUCCCUAGAUGCCUGCAGCAGCGCUUGGGCAGCAUUGGCAUCAAAGGACUAGAUGCCCGUUAUGAAGUGAUGGCACUUAAACCGAAGACAUGGAAGGAGAUACCAAGGCUAGUCCGUGAGCGGAGGAAGGCCGCUCAAGAAGCAAGGGAGCGCCAGCAAUCCACCAUGCAGGAGUAAACAGGGGAAUGGCCUGUGAUUGCUUCUACAAUUGAACUUUGCUGCAGUCGCUCUCGGUCGACAACUGUCGGGGCCUCCGGUGUAGGGCGACUACUGCUUGGCGAUGAGCCUGGCAUCUCUGAAUCAACAUCCCAGGCCGAGACGAUGUCAUCUUGAUCUGGUUUGCUGCUGCCCAGCCAAGCGUGGAAAACAGGGAAGAAACAACUUAGAAAUUGCAUGGUAGUUAAUUUUAUUUUGCUUCAGAAAUUGUACCAAUUUAUGUCAUGAUUGUUCUCUGUUGUGUUAAACUUCAACCUUUAUCUUGUUCAAGAUUCACAUACUU